AUGAGCUCUGCAAAGCAAACCCUCGUUCAUACCGGUCCAGCUAUCCCAGAACGGCCGGCGGCGCCGCGGAAACUGUGUUUCAGCGUUCCAAAUGUUGCUCCGGAGAAGUCACACACCGUCCUUCUGAGCGCAGUUGUGUUGGAGCACUUACAAUUCAAUAUAAUCUCAAGGAAAGCCCUUGCAAAACUCCCGGACGAAGCGACUUAUCAUGUCAGCAACGGAAAAACCGAGAGAAUCCGGGAGACUUUCUACGUUGAAUCUGAUGAUAGUGAAGAAUGGGAUUCGUCGAUUGACGUAUUGCUGAGUCCCGAAUCGGAACUUUUCAAGGGCUAUUUACGCGGUGGUCUCAAGUUCGCGAUUAUCGAAUUCGACCCGAGGAAACCCAAAGUCCCGGGCUCGGCGCAUCGUGACUAUUUGUUCGGGGUGCUUCUAUUUACCCUCGAUAAUCACUACCAUAUAUACCGACAGCUCGGCGUGGAUUUCGAAGGAAACGUUAAUAUCAUGUCUAGCAGCAUCCAGAAACGUCUGAAUAUUAGGAUGGACCCAUAUACAGGACCGCGGAUUCAACUCCAAGAUCGAUCCAAGGACGUCCAGCCAAUUGGUAGUAUUGAGGCUCCAUGGAAAUUCGUCCGCAAAGACAAGGUUUAUUGGACCAGGUUCCUGGUGAUUGAUAGUAGCGAGCCCGACCUUCUACUUGGACGACCUUCUAUCAAGGAAUGUGGUUUUAUGUGCAUGCACCCGGAGGUUUCGCAACACAUGGCUAUACCUUAUGCUUAG